AUGCUUAAGACGCAAAAAUUAGGCUGGGCCCCCAUCACCUUAUGUGAAAAGGAAGAACGUGGCGUCAUUCUUCCAUAUGAUGAUCCACUCAUUAUCCGCACAGACAUUUAUAACUUCAAUAUUAGGCAUAUUCUGGUGGACACUGGCCGCUCAGUCAGUGUGAUAUUUGCUGAUGCUUUCAACGAGCUCCAAGUUCUUGCUCAUUUGCUAGACCGAAGCAUCACACCUCUUGUGAGCUUCUCCGGUGAUGUUCAGCCCCCAACGGGCGACAGCCACCACUCCCUUUCUUAUCGUUGA